AUGUCUUUUGGAAAGUCCAUUUCAUCUAGUCUAGAUGUAUCCAAUAAGUCAAGGAUCUCACCAAACGGUGGUCAUUUAUAUGAGGGCACGGGCGAUGAUACAGGUCUCUCAACCCAUCGAAAAAUAGCGAUCUUGCAAGACUCCGUAGUAGGGAGAGUAAAUUAUCGCGGAUUUAUCACUCGGCCGUAUGCCUCGCGCUGGAGACAUUAUUUGUCCUCCAGUAAUGCUACACUAUCCUCCAACAAGUUUAGGCACCAUAAGGAACAGCCUGAAGAGACGGAAGACGAUGCGGCUCAUUCUCAAACCGGCGAACUAGCCAACCCUGAUCUUCGACUUCCUGCGUCAGACAUGCUCGAAGCUAUUCACUCUUAUUCCAGUCAUUUCUAUGCGAAUGCGGUCGAUAGUGAGCAGAGCAAUGACUUUGCCAGUAUGGACGAAACAGCAUUGAUUGCGAUGGGAAUUCUGCUAGAAGAAUUAGCAAGUCAUUCUUUAGGCGAAACUGGCGAUUUGGUAUUGGUCGAGAGUGAAGAAGAGGAUAGAUACAGCUCGGAGAGUGAAACCAGCGCCAUAUCGACUGGUGAUGGAAUCAGAAAGCGAUCCAAUUCUGUUCGAAGUAGGGGCACGUCUCUUAUAUCGGGCUCUGAAGAAGAAAUGAGCUCUUCCCAGAGAAAUAUCAAAAGAGACAAAAAGAGAGCCCGAAUAGGCAGCCUCAAUAUAGAGACCACAGCAACCGACAGGGAAAGGGAAGGAAACCUUAAACCGCCGUCAAACUCUAGUUUACUGUUAAGACUGGUUAGCAUAUUCAUCGUUCAUACUCAGCGAUUGUCUUCAUACCCAUCUGUGACAAUUAUAAAGGUCGGUCUCACAAUGGCUCCCAAAGGCAAGACGGUUUCUCCCGAGGUGAAACGGCAGCAAAUACUGGAUCACAUACGCUCGACUCGCACCUGCCAUACCCUCAAAGACUUGGAAAAGACAUUGCCAUCUAUCGCAUCGAUCAAUGGCAUCCAGGUCAAAGAAUACGUGCAGGCUUUGUUGGAUGACAGCACGAUACGCAUGGAGAAGAUCGGUAGUGUGAAUUGGUACUGGAGUUUCCUCAGCGACAUGCGACGCGAGCGCGAGAAUGUGAAACGGAGACUGCUUCGAGACAUGGAGUGUUUGUCAAAGGUUAAGAAGGAAUUGGAUAAUGAAAUUCGUGAGAAAGAGGCUACUGCAUGGACCGAUAAUGGGGGUGAUGAUCCUGCAAUGAUCGCUGCUAGGGCUGUGGAAAGGGAAACCCUGAUGAGUCUGAAAACCGAGUUGGAGGCCGAACUGAAGCAACUCGAAGCAAAGAAGGAUUCGCUUGAAAACACCGGUGCUGCAAGUAUUAGAAAGAGAACCCAGGAUAUUAAGAAAUGGAAAGCUGAUACGGUCAUGUGGACUGACAACAUCUACAUUCUGGAGCAGUAUCUUAGUAAGAUUGCUGGUGGAGAUCGCGAUGUCAUCGAGGGUGUCAAGAGACAAUGUUAUGGGAAUGAAUACGUCGAAGGAGAGGGAUUGUGUGAGAUAGAAUGCUGA